AUGUGUGAGCACCUUUUGUUCACACACCAUACACUGUUAUUAAAUAUGGGCAUACGCAAACAAGGCAAAGAGUACAUAAAAGAAGAAAAUAGAUAUUCGGCGAGUUUAGCUGACGAAGCACGGGACAAUCACGCGCAGCAAAUCGAAAGGGCUGAAAUUGCGAACUUAGUGCGGUCUCGCAUGGAGUCUCUUAAUCUAAGCGGGAUAGACUAUGAUGACGUCAGCGAGAAACGCAAUAGUCUAUCUUAUGUUAUCAUCAACCCGAGCUGUGACCUUAAUCUGCAGGAGGGCGAUAUAAUAUAUCUGGUUCGACCGUCUCCAUUCUCAGCACAGAAGACAUUUGAGCGUCACAAUAGCAGACGCAAGUCCAACAUCAGCUUUUGCUCUAGCGCUCUAGUCGGUGGUGGCAGCCGACGUGGCUCAGCUCUAGCGGGGUUGCCAAGUCUCGCGAUCCGCGCUCCUCCCCUUUCCACGACCAAAGCAAACUCGCUGUCACUCCCCGACAGCCCCACAAUCCUCACCGAUUUCCGUGCUCGCUCGAAUUCACUUCGUGUUGUCGAUGACGCGCUCCUGCGCCGGUCGAGUUCACUACGACAAGGUUUAGGUGUCACCUCGCAGCGGCGAAAGAGCAGCCUCGAAGAAAUUGGAAUUACCCACUUUAACUCUCUGCUGCAGCAUCAGCAACAACAACAGCAACAGAACGCUGAAGCGAUCAAGAUAGCUCUAAAUGGUAGCAUCGGGCUGGAGGUGACCCCUCCAGAUGAGAACCCCCCAGAGUUAGGCUUCAGCGGAUAUCAGGAGCUGGCGGCCGCUCUGCCUUCGCCAAGGCCUUCCUCCCCAGACCCACUACAGCUGCAGGGUACCAUCGUAUGA